CAGCCAUGGCGGACAGUGCAGUAGCGGAGCUGCUGCUGAGGCGGCUGGAGACGGCCGAUGGAGGCCUGGACAGCGCGGAGCUAGCAGCCGAGCUGGGCGUGGAGCACCAGGCCAUGGUGGGCGCCGUAAAGAGCCUGCAGGCGCUGGGCGAGGUCAUUGAGGCCGAGCAGCGUUCCUCCAAGCGCUGGGAGCUCACCACUGAGGGCGAGGAGAUUGCCCGGGAGGGGAGCCAUGAAGCCCGGGUGUUCCACAGCCUCCCCCCAGAGGGCCUGGCUCAAAGCGAGCUCAUGCGACUGCCCAGUGGCAAAGUGGGCUUCAGCAAAGCCAUGUCCAACAAGUGGAUCCGUGUGGAUAAGAGCACAGCUGAUGGGCCCCGAGUGUUCCGAGUGGUGGACCGCGUGGAGGAUGAGGUGCAGCGGCGGCUCCGCCUGGUCCAGGGUGGGGAAGCCGAGAAGUUGGGUGAGAAGGAGAGGAGCGAGCUCAGAAAGAGGAAGCUCCUGUCCGAAGUGAUCCUGAAGACCUACUGGGUGAGCAAAGGCAGUGCUUUCAGCACCAGCAUCUCCAAGCAGGAGACAGAGCUGAGCCCUGAGAUGAUCUCCAGCGGCUCCUGGCGGGACCGGCCUUUCAAGCCCUACAACUUCUCGGCUCGUGGUGUCCUCCCCAGCAGUGGCCACCUGCACCCCCUGCUCAAGGUCCGCACCCAGUUCCGGCAGAUCUUCCUGGAGAUGGGGUUCACCGAGAUGCCCACUGAUAACUUCAUUGAGAGCUCCUUCUGGAACUUUGACGCACUCUUCCAGCCCCAACAGCACCCAGCGCGUGACCAGCAUGACACUUUCUUCCUUCGAGAUCCAGCCGAGGCUCUGCAGCUCCCGAUGGAUUACGUCCAGCGGGUCAAGCGGACCCACUCCCAGGGUGGCUACGGCUCGCAGGGGUACAAGUACACCUGGAAGCUUGCUGAGGCCCGUAAAAACCUGCUGCGUACACACACCACGUCAGCGAGUGCCCGUGCCCUCUACCGCCUUGCCCAGAAGAAGCCCUUUACGCCAGCCAAGUAUUUCUCCAUCGACCGUGUGUUCCGGAAUGAGACCCUGGACGCUACGCACCUAGCUGAGUUCCACCAGAUCGAGGGUGUUGUGGCUGACCAUGGCCUCACUCUGGGCCACCUCAUGGGAGUCCUGCGAGAGUUCUUCACCAAGCUGGGCAUCACUCAAUUACGCUUCAAGCCGGCCUACAACCCCUACACAGAGCCUAGCAUGGAAGUGUUCAGCUACCACCAAGGCCUGAAGAAGUGGGUGGAGGUCGGGAACUCUGGGAUCUUUCGCCCUGAGAUGCUGCUGCCCAUGGGGCUCCCUGAGAACGUGUCGGUCAUUGCCUGGGGCCUCUCCCUGGAGCGCCCAACGAUGAUUAAAUAUGGCAUCAACAAUAUCCGGGAGCUGGUAGGCCACAAGGUGAACCUGCAGAUGGUGUACAACAGUCCCCUGUGCCGCCUGGACACUGAGCCAGUGCCCUCUCGGAUGCAGAAAGCUGUGUGAUGUGGGCCACCAGGAUAGCCCACCUUCUCCUAAGCCCUCUGCUGCCCAACCUCUUUGCAUCUCUUGACAGUG